GAAGAAGUUCAACAAAGAACGCGCUCUUCUCGUGAAGUUAGCUUGGUGGUGCGUUGCAUUGCAGUACUUUUUUCACACGCUCUGUUUCUCUCUCUCUUUCCUCAUCGAAAAUUCGCUCUCUGAUCGAGAACGAGAAUAAACCCUAGGAGGCGAGAGAGAAUGAGAAGAAGUUCCACGCCGGAGCUGGAUUGCCGGAACUGAAGAACCAGGAGCUGCUGCAGAGAUUUAUUGUUGUCUGAAGAAGCCAUGACGGGCAGAGGAUCAUCGGGAAGGACGCCGACGUGGAAAGAAAGGGAGAACAAUAAAAGGAGAGAGAGGCGACGGAGGGCCAUUGCUGCUAAGAUCUACACUGGUCUCAGAGCUCAGGGGAACUAUAAGCUUCCUAAGCACUGUGACAACAACGAGGUCUUAAAAGCACUCUGUAAUGAAGCUGGUUGGGUGGUUGAGGAAGAUGGCACCACCUAUCGCAAGGGAUGCAAGCCACCUCCGAUUGAUAUUGGCACUUCUGCAAAUAUGAGUGCCUGUUCCUCUCUUCAACCAAGCCCACAAUCUUCAUGCUUCCCUAGUCCUGUACCAUCCUACCAUGCCAGUCCUUCUUCAUCCUCUUUUCCAAGCCCAACUCGAUUUGAUGGCAAUCCAUCUUCUUAUCUUCUGCCAUUCCUUCAAAAUAUAUCCUCUAUACCUGCUAAUCUCCCUCCUCUCAGAAUAUCAAACAGUGCACCUGUCACGCCACCUCUUUCUUCCCCGACAUCAAGGGGGUCGAAGCGAAAACCAGACUGGGAGUCCAUUCCAAAUAGCUAUGUAACCUCUUUUCGCCAUCCCCUCUUUGCUGUCUCUGCUCCUUCUAGUCCUACAAGAUGCCACCAUCUUACACCGGCAACAAUUCCUGAAUGCGAUGAGUCUGAUGCUUCAACUGUAGACUCUGGCCGCUGGGUCAGUUUCCAGACUGUGGCACCUUCUGUGGCUCCUCCUUCGCCUACAUUUAAUCUGAUGAAACCAGUUAGUGAGCAAAGCUCUCUCCAAGAUGCAGUUGACAGACAUGGAGCAAUGGGCUGGGGUGCUACAUCUGAUAGGGGACGAGGCUCUGAGUUUGAAUUUGAGAAAUUUGAGAAUGGCACAGUGAAGCCGUGGGAGGGAGAGAGAAUUCAUGAAGUUGGGGUGGAUGAUUUGGAGCUUACCCUUGGGGGUGGGAAGGCCCGUGGUUAAGCAUCCAUUUGAAGAUAUUUGUUUCAAGAACUUAAGUGCCUGCUCUUUAAAGGUUAUUGGUUUAUGUUCACAAAAUAUGUUUACUUUCUUAGUUGGACUUGCUCUUCUGCUACCAUUAGACGAUCCUGGUUUGCCUUCAUUUGAACAGUUCCUUUCCCUUGGAGCCCUUGCAAAAGUCUGCACUUGUUACAUCUUGUAGUGGAAGAGCAAUCAAUAUUUGAGGCCCAGGAAAGGAUAACAUACGGUGGUGGAAAAUGAGAAGAACAAUGCAAUUGUGAUGGUUAUAUAUUUUUCAUUCCUUUGGAGCACUUUCAAUUUUUUUAGGAUCUUAUGAUCCUUAGAAAUAGCCCACCUGUAUCAGAAAUUUCUUGUAUAUAGAAUCUCUAAUUCAUCUUGCUUGGCAUUGUUGAUAAAAACCUCCAUCUUUGCAGAACGUGAAAGAAAUGAACAACGAACUGUGGGAAAGUUGUUAUGAACAUUGCCUAUUUGCUUCCUGGUCAGUUAUGGUUCAUUCUAUUUUCUUUCAAUUCAAUGUCAGUCGUAAUCCAUACUUCGGUAGCCUGUCUUCUAUUGAGCUAUCCCGACCCGAACACAAGUACCCCUUUUACAGAUCUCGGAUGUGCUUUGUCUGUUUAAUGUUGUUGCGUCCAUCCUUUAUACUUCACAAAUUGAAUAUCGAAAUGCAACUAUAUUCAAGUGAAUAUUAGAUUGAAAGAUGUACAAAGAGUGGAGGGGCAAUUCUGAAGAACAAUCUUGAAAUACAAUGUAUCUAUGGGAUUGAGCUUUUCUGCAGUGGUGGUGUGGGUCCGGCGAGCAAAGAAUCCAGUGGCAGGAGGGGGGCCUCAUUAAAAGGUUGCAAGAUGAGAAGUCUGUAUUUGGCCAGUAGAUCUUUCCGUGUUGCUCUUUUUUGGCAGAUUGUUUACGCACCGAC